AUGGACUCGUGCAUUGGCCCUGUGCUACCAUCCAUGCUGGCAAGCGGUCUUACGACUACGACGCAGUACCCUCAAGACAGCACUGCUUUCUACCAGCCGGUAUCUCAAGUGUUCCAAGGGUUGGAUGUCAGGUCUCGCCUGAACUCCAACACCGCGUCCUCAACUGGCAUGGCGCAGGCUCACCAUCAGCAGCACCGCACCGCUGGAUUGCCGCAUUUGACAGGGCAAGUAAGCGCCAGAGAACAAUACUCUACUACCACGCCCUCAUUUCGGAGGGCUUCGGAGCACCCUGUCAGGUCUCCGUCAUUUCCGGGGGUGCCUCUGCGCCGCCUACCAUUGUCGCCAACCCCAAGCCCACUCAACUCCUAUGUCCCUCCGGCGGGGAGGAUGGAAGCUGGCCAGUUUCAAAACAGACCCUCCGCAACCGCCGUGCCUCCGCUCAUGUCCGUCCAGACAUCUGGCUCCCUCCAGUAUGAGAACGGGACGCAAAUAAAGGUUGAUAUCACGGGCACAGUUGACAAGGGCUUCUUUCUUGCCGAGGGCGAAUGGACUUGCUAUCGGCGCAACUACAUGACCUGCGCGUGCUCCUAUUCCCUGCAGCCGCAUUACCCCAAUACUGCAGUUCAUUUUAUCCCCCCCGGAUCAUCCCAAGCCUACCAAGUCUAUGGGCUAUACAUGUCAAUAUCUGCCGUCGUAGCGGAUAAUGACCAGCAGAGCAUUGAGCUGGUCCAGCACACUCCAAAGAGAGACAAGGGGCCGACAUCCAAGCCUGAAAAGGUUCUGCUGGCUCCCAAAAACUCGGUCCCGUCGCAUCACGUUGGCAUGUACAACGACGCCACGAGCGCGUCCGGCGCCAGGGCAGUGUAUCAGGAUGGCUACGGAGGCGGACAGGGAGCUAUUCAGCCUGCAACUGAGCAUACGUUUGAGCGCAUCCAGUUCAAGCAGGCUACUCAGAACAAUGGCAAACGGAGGGCUGCUCAGCAGUACUACCAUCUCAUGGUGGAGCUAUGGGCGGAUCUUGGCUCGCAGUUUGGCGCGCAGUCUGCCGACAAGUAUUUCAAGAUUGCGUUCAGAAAGUCUGAGAAGAUGAUUGUCCGUGGUCGCUCUCCCGGUCAUUACCAGAACGAAAAGAGACGAAGCCACAGUGGCGGUCCCGGGGGUUCUUCUGGGACGAUGGGAGGAUACGGGUCAUUGACAGGCAUUGGGGAAUUUUCGCCUCAUUCCGGUAUCCUUGGCGGAAGCAGCACAUAUGGGAAUUCUUAUGACUCAAGGGGACCAGUAUAUGGGACGCCCAGAAGCCAUGAUGUUCCAUCCGAAUCGACCAUGUCUUCCGAAGAUGACAAGGUAAUUGGAAACACCAAGAGCUACUUGUACUAUCCUGGAUCCAUCUACGACAAUUCGCACUCACGACCCAUAGAAAUGUUUGGCACCCGCAGCGACCAGGAGACUUCGCCAACGCAAUCGUCACCGGAUACCAAAGUGAAGAGCGAGUAUGAGAUCACCCCUCGCGUCUUUCAUCCACCGCUUGCAGAGACUCGUCGCCACCCUGGGCCGUUUGAAGGCAAAUCUACUUCGGGCGGCUAUUACCCUACCAUCCUGUCAUCACCAACCACAAGUUUGACUCUAUGA